CCUCUUCCGCGGUCGCUCGUGCUGCCCUGCUGGUCAUUUGCGAGUCUCGUAGCGAAGCGUCGGAACCCUUCGCGGGAGCCCGGACCCCCCCCGAAAGCGACCACGAUGAAGUUCGUGAGGUAUAUCAUGAAAAACGCCGCUCUGGCCAGCGUGCCCAAACACGUCGACCACUUCUCCAAAUUCUCCCCCUCACCGCUCUCCAUGAAGCAGUUCCUCGACUUCGGUUCCAUCAACGCCUGCGAGAAGACGUCCUUUGUCUUUCUGAGACAGGAGCUGCCGGUGAGACUGUCAAACAUCAUGAAAGAAAUCAACCUUCUGCCCAGCAAACUGCUCACAACCCCGUCCGUGCAGACGGUGCAGAGCUGGUACAUCCAGAGUUUGAUGGAAAUCCUUGAAUUCCUAGACAAGAACCCAGAUGACAAAGUCCUGGGAGAGUUUGUUGACUCCUUGGUGACCAUCAGAAACCGGCACAACCACGUGGUGCCUACUAUGGCCCAGGGCAUCAUCGAAUACAAAGAGGCCUUCCCUCAGGACCAAGUAACCAACCAGAACAUCCAGUACUUCCUGGACCGCUUCUACAUGAGCCGCAUCUCUAUCCGCAUGCUCAUCAACCAGCACACUCUCGUUUUUGAUGGAACCCUCAACCCGGUCCACCCCAACACCAUCGGGAGCAUCGACCCCCACUGUGAAGUUGGAGACGUAGUCCAAGAUGCUUUCCGCAGCGCCAAGAUGCUGUGUGACCAGUACUACCUCCGCUCCCCCGACCUGAUUCUACAGGAGAUGUGCCGCACAAAGAAGAAGAACCUUCCGAUAAGCAUCGUGUACGUUCCCUCUCACCUUUAUCACAUGCUGUUUGAGCUCUUCAAGAACGCCAUGAGGGCCACAAUCGAGACUCACGACCACAGCAGCACGCUGCCGCCCGUUGAAGUCAUGGUCGCUCUGGGAGACGAGGACCUGUCAAUCAAGAUGAGUGACAGGGGUGGCGGGGUCCCCUUUCGGAGGAUGGACAAGCUCUUCAGCUACAUGUACUCCACCGCUCCGGCUCCACGUAUAGGAGAGCGCACACGGCCUCCACUGGCCGGCUUCGGCUACGGUCUGCCCAUCUCCCGUCUCUACGCCCAGUACUUCCAGGGGGACCUGCAGCUCUUCUCCAUGGAGGGCCACGGCACCGACGCAGUCAUCUACCUGAAGGCGCUGUCCACAGACUCUGUCGAGAGGCUGCCGGUCUACAACAAAACCGCCCUGAAGAACUACAAAGUGAGCCUGGAGGUGGACGACUGGUGCAUACCCAGCAGGGAGCCUCUGGACCUCAGCGUCCACAAGGUGCCCAAGUGAAAACGGCCGAGCGCUUCGAGGCUACACGCCGUGAAACCGCCGCAGUCUCUGUCUUCGCGCUCCCAUGUCAGCAUCUGUCACGGCAGAUGUUUGCACCGGACCUUUUUUUUUUUUUCCUGAAGAGAGGGUUAUCUCCAGACUCCAGUCAGGUUUUAGUGAUUUUUAAGGUUGCUUUUGGGUUCUUUGUAAGGAAAUAGAAAGCAGCUGCUAGCGGAUGGGACUUUGGGAGAUGCAGCUCCAGCGUGGCGUCGUGCGCAGGUAGAGACAGAGCAGGUUGCACGUGUGGCGUCAAGGCCACUAGCGUGGGAACGCGAGAGGGCCGAUGAAGAGGAGGGUUUGAUGUAUUCUAGAUGAAGCUGGAGCUACUGAGCUGCUGACGCAGAGCCUAUAGGAAAAGUCCCCCUAAGGCAGCAACUUCACCCAAAGGCUCAUCUCCCUGAAGAAAUUGGAAAAACAAACACCUCCUCUUGCAGCGUGUUUUUUUUUACUCUUUUGAGAGAACUGUGAUACUGUUGGAUGCGUAGAUUUAAGCAAAUGUGCCACUCUUAAAUUCAGGUGUGUUGUUGUCCUUGCUGCAUGGAUAUCAGUCAGAGCUUUUGAUAUCUCUAACUUUUUAAUGAACGUAUCAUUGGGAGGGGAUUGAUAAGAUGCAGCGCUAACUUAGCAUCGGUUUCUCUGGCGCCUGCUGAAUGAAAUCCACUCUUCUUCCGUGCAUUAAUUUGUAUUAAUUACAGAGAGUGGAUUGAAAGAACAGCUUUAGGGCCCAUGUGCUCGGUGGGACAGCAGGUCUUUAGAGCCUGAUCUGCCAGACUUGUUUGUGAGGUUUAAGGCUUCCAGAGUUCAAAAGGUGCACGUCAUGUUUUAGUUCUGUGUGAUCGAGUAAAGCGAGGCUGGUCUCAGAUUCUUUGUUUUUUUACACUGUGCCAUAUGAGGAGAAAAAUGAUCCCUCGUCAAUAUGUGUUAAAAAUGAUAUUGUUUUGUAUCAAACUUAUCUUAAAUCAAACAGUAAGUUUAAGGUUAUUUUUUUAUAACUGCACGACUGAAAAGAUUGUACAUAGUGUGAAUACCGUCCAAAUAAUAAAGAACAACGUAUGUAAGUACAAAAUGCAAAA